AUGGCUGCACCGAUAAGUGCCAGCCCCGCGUCCGCUCGCUACUCAAAUGGUGCACCAUAUUCCGCAGGCUGGCCCGCUUCUUCACACAGCGGCCUGAUAUCACCCCCAGAGUCGCGGAGGACGUCAGAUGAGAAAGCGCCGCCCCAUCAAUUGCAGACCAACACUCACCGACAAUCUUUACCAUCGAUACAGGAAGCUCUAAGUAGUACCUCCGCCAAGCCUGUUCCGUAUGCUUCACCUGUAUCUGCCUCUGCGCCUCCCUCGCAUCCGCAGAUUCCUUACUCUCAAACGCAGGUAUUGCCACCGCCGCGAACAUAUGAGCAGGGAACUUUUCAAUCGUCUCAAUCACGGCAACCUUCUCCGCCGGUGCCUAUUCAACCACCACCUUUUCCGCGCACAGAUUUGGAUUCAAGGAGCUUCGCUGAGCCAAGGAGACAAUCGUUACUACACCCUACAAUCUCACAACCUCCGCCUGCCAACUCCUACCCAGCGCCCAGAUACGAGGCUCCUAGGUAUGAGCAAGAGCCAAGAGUCGCAGAACGGUUCGUCGAAAGAUCGAUGAAUGAAUACGGUCAGCCAGCUCCGUUGCAUAAUCAACACCCUUAUGGGAACGCACCGACUCAAUCAGUUCAGCCUCCUCAUCCUCCACCACAAGCGCAAGGUUACCCACAGCCACCUUAUCCACCACGCGAUGAUAGAGAUCUGGGCGGUCCUGGCACUCUCUAUUGCAGGAAUGGUCACGGCAUUUCCACGCAAUUAGCCAAGAAGCAACCACGCUCUCACAUUGCAAUUCCGGAAAGAUCCACCCGAUCGCCAGGACCAUUGAAGGAGAUGUUAAUUCACGGCAAUCGAGUUGUAUCUUGCCUUCAUCGCAUGUUGGAUACUGCCGUACAGCAGCAGCAUGCAGCGGACGAACAAUCUCGGGGUGCAAGAUUAGCUCCGGAUUACGAUGAUGAGAGCAUUUAUGGCGAUGAUAGACAUCAUCAGAAUUUUGGUGGACCCAGAUAA